CAUCUGAGCUACAUCCCCAGAAUGUUUCUUUCAUCCCAAAAUUUAAUAUCUAAGUAGUUGAUUUCCAGUUUUUGAAUCAUGGUUAUGGUCUCUCGAUGAUCUUGUGCAUCCCAGUUUCCUUCACUUUCCAAAGGAAAAGGAAAAAACCACUGCUUUUUUGGUAUUUGAUAGUUUGAGACCUUGAGCGACAAAAAUGCUGAGGAAGGUACUACUUCAACAAACUCCCAUAGCUCACCGAUUUCUUUCUGCUCGGUCAACAUCUCAUUUACUCAACAAAUGCUCUGUUUUCUCUUCUUCUUCUUCAGAAUCCGAAAUUCAUCAGAGUAAUUCAAAAGAACAGCUUGAAGACCAACCCACAAACACCAUUUUCAUUGAUCGUUCUGGACUCUACAAUACCCCAGAGCAUUCUCAUGAACCUUCCUCGGACUCUGAACUUGUCAAGCAUCUCAAAGGCAUUAUUAAGUUUCGUGGCGGGCAAUAUAUGGAAGAAGUACUAACAAAUUGCAAGACUGUGUUCUAUAUUAACCGGGAUAUCUUUGGAACUGAAGGAGAUUUCACAACAUCUCCUGAAGUAAGCCAGAUGUUUGGAGAGAUGGUUGGUGUUUGGGCUAUGUGUUUAUGGGAACAAAUGGGACAACCAAGCAGAGUGAACCCGGUUGAGCUUGGCCCUGGCCGAGGAACUCUUAUGGCUGAUCUUCUUCGUAGUGCAUCAAAAUUUAGUAACUUCACGGAGUCAUUGCAUAUACACAUGGUAGAAUGCAGCCCAGCACUGCAAAAGCUUCAGCACAAAAAAUGUCUGGAUGAAGAUAAAACCAGUGAAGGUGUUGAGAAAAGGUCUCCAAGCACACUGGGUGGAACACCUGUGUCAUGGCAUGCUGCACUGGAACAGGUUCCAUCAGGAUCGCCCACUAUAAUAAUUGCCCAAUAGUUCUAUGAUGCACUGCCAAUCCACCAAUUUCAGAGGGCUUCUCGUGGCUGGUGUGAGAAAAUGAUAUAUGUCAUUGAAGAUUCAUCGUUUUGUUUUGUUUUAUCUCCACAGCCUACAGCUGCAACUCUGUCUAUGAAGCGCUGCAAGUGGGCUGUGCCCGAAGAAAUAGAGAAACUUAAUCAAAUCGAGGUUUGCCCCAAAGCAAUGGACUUAACUCACACACUUGCAAAGAGAAAAAGCGCUGAUGGAGGAGGAGCUCUUAUUAUUGAUUAUGGUCUGAAUGGAGUAGUGUCAGAUAGUCUGCAGUAAAUUUGUCCAGGCGAUUCGAACAAGUUUGUUGACAUACUAGACAACCCUGGGAAUGCUGAUCUCAGCGCAUAUGUUGAUUUUGCUUCCAUCAGGCACUCUACUGAGGUAGCUUCAGAUGGUGUGUCUGUUCAUGGCCCUAUUACUCAGUCCCAGUUCCUUGGUUCCCUUGGAAUAAAUUUCCGAGUCGGAGCCCUGCUACAAAACUGCACAUAUGAACAAGCUGAAUCACCAAGGACCGGAUACCGGCCGUCGGUGGGUGAAGGUGAAGCCCCCUUUUGGGAGGGACCAGAUGAGCAGGUGCCUAUUGGGAUGGGUACACGUUACAUGGCAAUGGCCAUUGUUAACAAAAAGCACGGCAUCCCAGUUCCAUUCCAAUGAAGUUUUUAAACAGUCUUGUCAAGUAGCCAUAUGUUUUGCAGUCAGAGAUUUGUAGACCCUUGCCUUGAGAGAAGAUGCAUUGACAAGAUACAAGUUGUCCAACUCACUUCUGCAAAUUGCUGACUUCUCGAGGUAGCAACA